AUGGACUACCAGAACCGCGCCGGCUCCAAGUUCGGCGGCGGCGGCGUCGCCUCCUUCUCGGCGACCAACGCCGACCGCCGCGAGCGCCUGCGCAAGCUCGCCCUCGAGACCAUCGACCUCGACAAGGACCCCUACUUCUUCAAGAACCACGUCGGCUCCUUCGAGUGCCGCCUCUGCCUCACCGUCCACCAGAACGACGGCUCCUACCUCGCCCACACCCAGGGCAAGAAGCACCAGACCAACCUCGCCCGCCGCGCCGCCCGCGAGCAGAAGGAGGGCCGCGGCCAGAACAUUGACCCGGCCACCGGCCUGCCCGUCGGCGUCGUCGGCGCCGGCUUCGGCGCCGCCAACGCCCAGCGCCGCAACCUCAUCAAGAUCGGCCGCCCCGGCUACAAGAUCACAAAGGUCCGCGACCCCGUCACCCGCCAGCAGGGCCUCCUCUUCCAGCUCCAGUACCCCGACGUCGCCCCCGACGUCGAGCCCAAGUGGCAGGUCAUGAACGCCUUCACCCAGCGCGUCGAGGAGCCCGACAAGAACUUCCAGUACCUCCUCGUCGCCGCCGAGCCCUACGAGACCUGCGGCUUCAAAAUCCCCGCCCGCGAGCUCGACAAGCGCGAGGGCAAGCAGUUCAGCUACUGGGACCCCGACGCCAAGGAGUACUGGCUCCAGGUCAUGUUCAUGUCCGAGCGCGAAGAGCGUUAUGUCGCCGCUCCCGGCACGAGGAGGUGA